AUGAAAACUUUGCUACAUUUCUUCCUUCUCUUGAUCACACUUUGGGUCAGUAUCAUCAUUCCAGCAGUUCACAGCCAGUGUAUUAAAGACCAGCAACUAUCAUUGCUCCAAUUCAAGAAAAGCCUCGUGUUCUAUGAUGAUAUUUUCAUCCGUCCACGUACCAGGCUUAUUUCUUGGAAUGCAAGUACUGAUUGUUGUUCUUGGGUGGGCAUCACUUGCAGCCGUAAUGGGCGUGUUCGGGGUCUUGAUAUAAGCAGCGAACAGAUCUCAGCUGGAAUUGACAAUUCCAGCAGUCUCUUCCAUCUUCAUUAUCUUCAAAGCCUCAAUCUGGCCGACAACCGACUUGGCAGUAACUCUCAAUCAAUUCCAUCCGCAAUCGGAAAUCUCCUGAACUUGAGGUAUCUGAAUUUAUCUCUUAAUGAUUAUUCAGGGCAAAUUCCCAUGGAAAUUUCACGAUUGACGAGGUUGGCAGUUGUUGAUUUUUCUAAGAAUGGAGCAUUCCACAUAAAACUUGGAAGUCCAAAUUUACACACGUUUGUUCAAAACCUCACAGAGCUUAGAGAGUUGUAUCUUGAUUGGGUCCAAAUAUCAGAACAGGGGAGGGAGUGGUGCCGAGCCAUAUCAGAUUCCCUUCCUAACCUCAGGGUCUUGAGCAUGUCCGCGUGUGAUCUCUCAGGCCCUGUUCUCCAGUCCCUUGCUAAGCUUCGGUCUCUAUCCGUGAUUAGGUUGGACGGGAACCAUAUCUCUGCGCCAGUUCCAGGAUUCUUUGCCAACUUUUCAAACUUGACUGUCUUGAGUCUCGGAGACUGCGGGUUGCAUGGAACAUUUCCCAAAGAGAUCUUUCAGUUACCUUCUCUACAAAGUAUUGGCCUUUUAGGUAAUUACCAACUUGAUGGUUCCUUGCCAGAAUUCUCAAGGAACGGAUCUCUUCAGCACUUGGAUCUAGGCUGGACAAAUUUUUCAGGGUUAUUGCCAAAUUCUAUUGGCAAUCUCAAGAUGCUGUCCACCAUAGAUAUUGAUUAUUGCAAUUUCACCGGACCGAUCCCCAAGUCAAUGACAAACCUUACACAAUUGGUUUCUUUGUCGAUGCCUGAUAACAAGUUGGAAGGUUCAAUUCCGUCAUUCAGUGGGGCCAAGAAUGUUCACACCAUAGAACUUUCCAACAAUCGUCUAACAGGUACUAUUAAUUCCACCCACUGGAGAAACCUUACUAAGCUAUCCUCUCUCUGUUUGAAUUCCAAUAAGCUCGAUGGAAAUAUCCCAGCAUCUCUGUUUUCUCUUCCCAGAAUUGAUCUUUCCAACAAUCAAUUCUCUGGUCCAUUCCCUGAAAUUUCUAAUGUGUCCUCCUCCUUGCUGAAUGCUCCUGGUCUUGCAAUUUAUUUGGGUAGCAACAAUCUCGAAGGGCCAAUACCUAUGUCUAUCUUUAGCUUGCGAGGUCUUAGGGCUCUAGAUCUUUCUUCAAAUAAUUUCAGUGGCUCGUUUCCUCUUGAUGGUCUACACCAGCUGAGAAAUCUUUCUGCACUUGAUCUUUCACACAAUAACUUGUUUCUUAGCCCUGAUCAUACCAAUUUCUCAUAUUCCUCAUUUUCUCAACUAUCUACUUUGAGGUUGGUGUCAUUGAAAUUGAUAACAUUUCCUAAUUUCUUGAGAAAUCAAUCUAACUUGAGAAUAUUGGACCUUUCGGAUAACCAGAUAAAUGGCAAGGUACCCAACUGGAUUUGGGGUUUUAGUGAUCUUGAGAACCUAAAUCUUUCUUGCAACUCCCUAGAUUCCGUAGAAGUUCCUUCAAUCAAUCACAGUAAUUUACUAAGUCUAGAUUUCUCGAGGAAUUAUUUCAGCUCUUCCAUACCGAGUACCAUUGGAGAUGUGCUUGGUAGCACUGUGUUCUUGUCGCUUUCGAGCAAUAACCUCAGUGGGAUCAUACCAGAAUCAUUAUGCAAUUCAAGAAAUCUUCGUAUUCUUGAUCUGUCCAAUAAUUCUUUGAGUGGCACAGUUCCCCGGUGCUUGACUACAAUGAGCACGCUUCUAGUACUCAAUUUAAGGAGAAACAAUCUUACAAAUGUUAAUGAAUUCUCUCAUAAUUGCAGUUUAGAAAUGCUGGACAUCAGUGGAAAUCAAAUUCAAGGCCAGUUUUUAAGAUCUCUUGUCAACUGCACCCAGUUAAAGGUUUUAAAUCUUGGAAACAAUCUUAUAACAGAACCAUUUCCAUGCUUUUUGAGUAACACAUCCACCUUGCGUGUCCUUGUCUUGCGAUCCAAUAAAUUCUAUGGGCGCAUUGGAUGUCGCAAGACUAAUGGCACUUGGCCAGUACUUCAAAUCAUAGACUUAGCUCACAACAAUUUUAGUGGUGAAGUACCUGGAACAGCUUUGACAACUUGGCAGGCCAUGAGGAAUACCAAAGAUAAUGGCCCAUGGAAGAUCAGUAACAUUGGACUUAAUUACGAUGACGACCUUUAUUAUCAAGAAGAUACAGUCAAUGUUAGCAACAAAGGUUUAGAGAUGGAGCUGGACAAUAUUUUAACAAUCUUCACCUCCAUUGACUUCUCAUGCAACAAGUUCAACGGAUCAAUACCGGAGGAAAUUGGAGAACUCAAAUCAUUAUAUGCCCUCAACUUGUCCAACAAUGCUUUCACAGGUGCAGUUCCAUCAUCAUUAAGUAACUUGAGUGAGCUAGAGUCUUUGGACCUCUCGAAAAACAAACUGAGCGGUCAAAUCCCACUGGAGCUUACAAAACUCACUUUCCUUGAAUUCUUGAAUCUCUCAUAUAAUCAAUUGGUCGGGAGGAUACCAAGCGGUGCUCAAUUUUCAACAUUUGAUGCAGCUUCCUUCGAAGGUAACAAAGGAUUGUGGGGGCCUCCUUUAACAACAUAUAAUAGAACAGGGUUCUCACCAAAGUUGGAAGCAAACCAUUCAAAUCCUGGACAUGAGAUUGAUUGGGAUAUUAUCUGUCCUGAAAUUGGAUUUACAUGUGGGUUUGGGAUUUCCAUCGGGUCACUUUUGUUCUGCAAGAGAUGGAGGAAAUGGUAUUACAGAGCUAUGUAUAACAUGCUUCUAAAGAUAUUCCCUCAGCUGGAAGAAAGAUUUGGUCAUCACUGGAGACAUGUUUAUGUACAUCAGAGAUACUGGAGACGUUGAAAUGGUUGUGAAGAUCAAUGCACCUGACUUGUUGUCGGCCUCAUUUUGCUAAUAAGGACUAAGAUCUGUGCUUUGUUUCUGUGUAUUUUC